AUGAGUAUAAUCUCCAAUUUCAACGAGGAAGAAAAGGAAAAGGUUCUUGAGGAGUUAACAUGGAAUGUGAAGCAGAUACAAGACGAUUUGUUGAAAGAGAUACUCACACUUAACGCAGAAACAGAGUAUCUCCAAGACUAUCUUCAUGGAAGCUCUGUUAAAGAGCUCUUCAAGAAAAACUUACCAAUAGUCACCUAUAAAGAUGUUAAACCUUAUAUCGAUCGAAUCGUGAAUGGAGAGGCAUCGACUAUAAUAUCGGCCAUACCCAUUACAAACUUCUUGCAGAGGUACGCAUAA